AUGAACAUCAGCCUCCUGGAUGACUCGGAGGACCUCGGACUGCGAGGCACCGAAAUCCAGUGGUCCUGGAACUUGAGUCAGGAUGUUACUUGCGACGAAUUCCCGGCAGGAAGUAGCGUCCUCUCGUCUCUCUGGUUUCAAGCUACUAUCUACUUCCUGUACAGCACGAUUUUCGUGAUAGCCCUUGUGGGGAACGGACUGGUGUGCUACGUGGUCUACAGCAGUCCGAGGAUGAAGACGGUGACGAACUAUUUCAUCGUGAACCUGGCAGUAGGUGACAUCUUCAUGGCCCUCUUCUGCGUCCCCACCAGCUUCAUCAGCACCUUGAUCCUCCAAUACUGGCCUUUCGGCUCGGAAUUGUGUCCCAUCGUUAACUACUCCCAGGCGGUAUCGGUUCUGCUGAGUGCCUAUACCCUGGUUGCGAUAAGCAUCGACCGAUACGCUGCCAUAAUGUGGCCACUGAGGCCACGCAUGAGCAAGAGGCAAGCUAAACUUUUGAUCCUUUCUGUGUGGAUGGUGGCAUUAAUCGUGUCCUUCCCCAUCGCUGUGGUCUCCAGGCUUUUCCAGCCUACGGACGGCUACAGAAGGUGCGACCGCUACGUCUGCCACGAGGACUGGCCGUCGUUGCAGCACAGGUAUUACUACUCCAUCGCUCUGCUGGUCGUCCAGUACCUUGUGCCUCUCAUGGUGCUCAUGUUCACGUACACCAGCAUAGCCGUGAUGGUAUGGGGAAAAAGACCGCCAGGCGAGGCGGAAAACACGAGAGACCAAAGGAUGGCAAGGUCUAAAAGAAAGAUGGUGAAGAUGAUGAUGACGGUAGUAAUCGUGUUCACCGUCUGCUGGUUACCAUUCAACGUCCUAAUACUGGUGAUGGACAAUGACGAGCGACUCAGCAACUGGUGGGGCCUGCCGUUUGUGUGGACCGCGCUCCACUGGCUUUCCAUGUCGCACUCCUGCUACAAUCCGGUCAUCUAUUGCUGGAUGAAUGCGAGAUUCAGGACAGGCUUCAUCGCAGCCCUCGCACGGGUCCCCGGCAUUCGGCAUGCCUUUCCGGAACAAAGGAGAUGCACUUAUAACACCAGCAUGGGGGGCAUCGCUCUUGCCGGCUUAGACGGGAACGACAACUCGAUGCUGCGACGAAUGAACACUUGCACUACUUACACGAGCGUGCGGAGGAAAGCUAACGGAAAUCAUUACGCCCCGGCGAGAAGUGCGAGUCUGCGAAACAGCGAACUUUUGACACACACCUCGCAGGGUCGAAGGAUGUCGCCAUUGGAGUCGCAAUUAGAAGAACGAAUAUGA